CAGCCGCGCGUGCGUUAAUGCUGCCAGUGUCCGGCACGGCGCCACUCCUCGCUGGCGCGCCUCGGCUCGAUGGGCAGCGAGCUGGGCACCCGUCAUGCAGGCCGCCACUGCCUGCCAGCACCGCCGUCCCCAUCGUCGUCAAGACUCUCCACAGUAACUACAUCAGAGCCAAGUUGCGCCCGGUGCACCGCCGUGGACUCGGUUUGCCUCUGGUGUGCACCUGCUCCGGCCUCCGGAAUCCGGAUGCCUGAUGCCAGCCAGUUCAGCCCUACCUGCGUGGCUGCGUCUGCAUCUCUGCCGCUGCUGCUGUCUUCGCAGCUCGCAGGCCACGGUUCGUCUGCAAAACACUGGGCGGUGCCGGUGAGCCUACCAAACACGUCGAUGAGUUUGACGUGUCCAAAGAGUGUGGGUACUUCGUUUUGAAACCCCCAGGCCAUGUUGUUGUAAACCUGCGAUCCAUCCAUUCAAAGGUUGCUUGCUACUUUGACUCGCAUUCUUUGCUACACCGGACCUAUAUACAUUUCUAAUAAAACUACCACCACCAGAACUUCUUAAAAAUCCAAUUUGAAAUCUGUCCGUCGAUACGAACUCUACCAACGAGAGAGAAUUUCUGUUCGUGUUCGGUUAGUCUUGGUACACCAGUUCCACCCACCACCAGAGAAAGCCCAUCCCCGUUACUAAUAAGUCCCGUCCAAAGCUCGACACCGCACCGCAUCGACCAGCUACACGAAUCAGACGGCGCCAUGGCCGGCACGUGCGCCCACGUCGAGUUCCUCCGCGCGCAGCCGGCUUGGGCGCUGGUGCUGGCCGCCGUGGGCCUGCUCGUGGCCGUCCGCGCCGCUGCCCGCUUCGCGCUCUGGGUCUACGCCGCGUUCCUCCGCCCGGGGAAGCCCCUGCGCCGCCGCUACGGCGCCUGGGCCGUCGUGACGGGCGCCACCGACGGCAUCGGCCGCGCCGUCGCGUUCCGCCUCGCCGCGGCCGGGCUCGGGCUCGUCCUCGUCGGCCGCAACCCGGAGAAGCUGGCCGCCGUGGCCGCCGAGAUCAGGGCCAAGCACCCCAAGGUCCCCGAGGUGCGCACCUUCGUGCUCGACUUCGCCAGCGAGGGGCUCGCGGCCGGCGUCGAGGCGCUCAAGGACUCCAUCCGUGGCCUCGACGUCGGCGUGCUCGUCAACAACGCCGGGCUGUCCUACCCGUACGCGCGCUACUUCCACGAGGUGGACGAGGAGCUGAUGCGCAGCCUCAUCCGGGUCAACGUCGAGGGCGUCACGCGGGUCACGCACGCCGUGCUGCCAGGCAUGGUCGAGCGGAAGCGCGGCGCCAUUGUCAACAUCGGCUCCGGCGCCGCCUCCGUCGUGCCUUCUGAUCCGCUCUACUCCGUCUACGCCGCCACCAAAGCGUAUGUUGACCAAUUCUCAAGAUGCCUCUAUGUUGAGUACAAGAGCAAGGGUAUUGAUGUGCAAUGCCAGGUGCCCCUAUACGUGGCGACAAAGAUGGCAUCUAUCAGGAAGUCUUCCUUCAUGGUUCCAUCUACUGACACCUAUGCUCGUGCUGCCGUUCGUCACAUUGGAUACGAGCCUAGGUGCACACCGUACUGGCCACACUCUGUCGUGUGGUUCUUGAUCUCGAUUCUUCCUGAGUCCCUUAUAGACAGCGUGCGCCUGGGCAUGUGCAUUAAGAUCCGCAAGAAGGGGCUGGCCAAGGACGCCAAGAAGAAGGCACUGUGAUUGAUGUUUCAGAAUGCAGGUCCAGAUUCGAAGAUUUCCUCAUCACCUGUAGUAGACAUGUGCCUUGCUGUAGUCACUUUAUUAGCUCCGGAGUCUGUUAAGAAUCGAGAAUGCCAUUGCUCCAUCCACGGUUAUGAUGUUAAAAAUUAUUAUUCUUCAAUUCAAAAUGUAACACUAAUACGAGUAAUGAUGAAUGCAAUUAACUU